AUGUGCGGAAGAUAUGCAUUGGCCCUGCGGCCGUCCCAGAUCCGUCAGAUGCUCGAGGAAGACGGACUGGAGAUUGAUGAUGCACCAGAAGAUGUCGGGGAUGGUGCCCCUCGAAGCAGCUAUAACUUUGCCCCAGGGUAUCACGGCGUCGUUUACCGCGCUAGCACAUCAGACCAAAAUACUACACGAGAAGAUGAACCACGUGAGAAGCAGAACGACGCCACUCAGGAUCCCAAGUACCCAAAGGACUAUAUCAAGUACAAGCUACAGUCAAUGAAAUGGGGCCUUGUCCCUUCGUGGACAAGAAGGAACCCAGAUUAUGGUUCCAUGUUGAAGACCAUCAACUGCCGUGACGACUCACUCAGCUCACCUGGAGGAAUGUGGGCCAGCAUGAAGACUCGCAAAAGAUGCAUCGUGAUUGCUCAAGGAUUUUAUGAGUGGCUCAAAAACGGAAAGGAGAGGUUGCCUUACUACGUGACACGAAAGGACGCACAUUUGAUGUGCUUUGCCGGCCUUUGGGACCGCGUACAGUUUGAAGGGUCGGGAGAAACAUUAUACUCGUACACAAUCAUCACCACAAGCACCAACUCAGAACUCAAGUUUCUUCAUGAUCGUAUGCCUGUGAUCUUUGAUCCUAACUCAUCGAGUAUUGCGACAUGGCUUGACCCAUCCCGAAAACAUUGGUCCGAUGAGCUGCAAGGACUUCUGAAGCCGUUCGAAGGAGAUCUGGAUAUUUAUCGAAUUUCUCAAGAUGUCGGCAAAGUCGGCAACAACUCACCCACCUUUAUCGUCCCAUUAGACAGCAAGGCGAACAAGUCAAACAUAAUGAACUUCUUCAACAAUGACCACCAAAGGAAUCAGAAGUCAUUGCAGCCAGCGAUAGAUAAAGGAGCUCAAGUUUUAAAAGGGGAAAAUGAGAAACAAAGCGGGACUGUUCGAAAAGAUAGGCGAUUGGUAGCUGAAGGAUCGAAAGCUGUAAAACGCAAGGCCAAUGAGAGUCUUGAUCCCUAUGAUGCUUUAGAGGGUAAUCCAAAGCGGCAACAUAGAGGUCAUGUCAGCGCAUUGAAAAACAAAAGGCAAGAUAAAGAGAAGUAUAAGGAGGAAGGUUUAAGAAAAAUAACUAGGUUUUUUAAUAGUAAAGAAUAA